UAUAAUAUAUCAUUGGAUUCAAAUUUAACACUUGAUAAUGUAUUAUUGUACUUGUAUUUAACAUAGUUAACCAAAAUUGUUUAACUGCAAAUUUCACAUCUCUUUGAUUAAUAGUAGUAAAAUGUAAAAAUAAUUUUAUUAAAAAAACUGUCUUCCCUGUUGGUUACAGGUAUUUAGCUUCAGGGGGUCGAUUCUUGAAUCUCGUUAUAGCAUUGUCGUGUACGACAAAUCACGUUUGUCACAUGAAAUAUGUUUUUGUCUAUUCUUCAAUGUGUAUAUACGAAAAAGUUGUGUGAAAAAAUAUCGUGGGGGUAUGCGUGCCACGACUUUUUCAUAUCACUCGACUUUUAUUAUUAUCAUCGUUUAUCUUCACCGAAAUUGUUAAAUAGUACAUAUUUUUUUGAAGUUCAUGUUUAAAAAUGGAUGAUUUCAACGAUCUUGCAGCUUUAUAUAUUUUGAAUAUGGUUGAUGAAGAAGCUUCAUAUAACCCAAGACAUGGGUUUACAGUUAAGUAUGACCCAUUUACACAAUGUGAUCGUUUAUUUGUAAAAAAUUAUAGAUUAAGCAAAGAUUUAGUUCAACAGCUAAUAGCUUUAAUUACACCUUACAUUGAACCAGAAAGAAGGUCGUCAUCUAUAAAACUCUCCGAAAAGGUGUUUUUAGCAUUAAACUUUUUCGCAACGGGAUGCUAUCAAACGCCAAUUGGUAACAAUAGGUAUGUGGCUGUAUCACAACCCACUGUUUCCAGAGCUAUUAAUUGUGUGGUUGAGGCAUUGAACCACCCUAGAAUAUUAAAUGAAUGGGUUAAAUUCCCUAAUAAUAUGCAAAAGAUCAAGCAAAUUAGGAAUGAAUUUUUUAUUAACACUUCGUUUCCAGGAGUUGUGGGCUGCAUUGAUUGCACACAUAUUGCAAUUGUACCUCCUAACAACCAGAAUGCAGAAAUACCUGAGUAUAUUUAUGUAAACAGAAAAGGUUACCACUCAUUAAAUGUACAAUUGAUUUGUGAUUCUAAACUUUAUAUUUUGAGUGUGAAUGCAAAAUUUCCUGGCAGUACAGCAGACUCUCAUAUAUGGAAUUCAUCUACAGAUAUAAAAAAUAUCUUGGAGGAAUUGUAUAGACGUGAACACAAAGGCAUAUAUUUACUGGGAGAUUCAGGAUACGCCCUAAGACCUUGGCUUUUAACACCAUAUUCUGAAACAACAACUAACGAAGAAGAAAAAUACAACAAAAUGCAGAUGANUACAAAAACCUACA